UAUACACAUCCCAUAUCUCAUAGGAUUAACUUUCGAAAAGUGUACCUCACCUUCGACGUCCGACUUCUGAACCACUUCGGGCGCGCUGCUCACCUUCGUUCGACGCUCAUCUUUGCGCACCUCUAUCAUACACAUCCGGCCCUCGUUUUAGCAGAGGAUCACACCUCGUCUCUACACAAAGACCCUCCUCCAGGGAACCUCCGCAAUGCGGUGCUCACCCUUACUUCUCCUGGCGCCGCUCGCGGCUGCCUUCACCCUCGAUAUCAGCUCGACCAGUUCGAUAGAAACUGCUGCCUCAAGCAUUGCUUAUGAAAUGAUGACUGCAUAUGUUGGAAAUGAAACUGGCGAAGUUCCUGGAUUACUGCCUGGCUCCUUGAGCUGCGACCCAAACACUGUUGGCGUUUACUGUUGGUGGGAAGCCGGUGCAAUGUGGGGAGCAUUAAUAAAUUACUGGCAGUAUACCAACGAUACUACCUACAACUCCGUUGUUUCUCAGGCGCUCCAAUUCCAGCGGGGAUCUGAUAACAACUUUAACCCUGCCAAUCAGUCAAGGAGUAUGGGUAUUGACGAUCAGGUCUUUUGGGCCUUCUCAGCCAUGGACGCCGUCGAGGCGAAUUUUCCCGAAGCUGGUGAUGACGACCCGUCGUGGCUAUCGCUCGCUCAAGCAGUAUUCAACUUUCAACGCUCGCUAUGGGAUACUGCCUACUGUGGUGGUGGGUUCAGGUGGCAGGUUUACUCUUUCAAUGCUGGGUACAAUCUUAAGAACUCAAUCUCCAACGGUGGAAAUUUUCAACUUUCCGCUCGCCUCGCCUACGUAACUGGAAACUCGACUUACGGCGACUGGGCCGAAGAGGUUUAUGACUGGAUGGAGUCGAGUCCAUUGUUGGAGAUGGAUAACUCCACCGGGAUAUUCUACAUCUGGGAUAACACUGACACCGACAACAAUUGCAGUGAUGUACAGAACUAUGUCUGGAGUUACAACUACGGCACGAUGCUCAUGGGUGCGGCAUACAUGUAUAACUACACCAAUGGAAGUUCCGUCUGGCUGGAUCGUGUCGAAACCAUUCUCAACAGCACUUUCACGCUUUUCUUCCCGUCCACGUACGGCGGCAAUAUCAUGUUCGAAGUUGAGUGCGAAGCCGCGAAAAACUGCGACCAGGAUCAAAAGAGUUUCAAGGCGUACCUCGCCCGGUGGUUGGCUGUAACGGGUCUGCUUGUUCCGAGCACUAUGGACUCGAUCAAAACAAAACUAUCUGCCAGUGCCACUGGUGCUGCUGGUCAGUGCGAUGUGUCCGAUGCAGAAUGUGGACUGCAAUGGUAUACCACGACGUGGGAUGGCACCAACGGGGUGGGUCAGCAGAUGGCCGCCUUAUCAGUCGUUGGCGCAAAUUUGAUCGAUUCGAGUAUGACACCUCUCACGAAGGUCACAGGUGCCACCUCUUCAAGCGAUCCUGAUGCAGGUACAACGGCAACGUCGGAUCCAGCUGAGACCACAUCCAAGAUCACCACAAAAGACAGGGCCGGGGCCGGCAUUUUGACCGUCUUGGUCAUUGGAUUUAUUGUUGGUGGGGCUGCUUGGAUAGUGAUAUGAAAAUACUGUCACUGUUUGGAUGUUUGUUUUAUAUCACGAAUUUUGCGACCAAGCGGAAGACUUACUAAGUCGGU